AGGAAAUGAAAAUGGCUUCCACCUGAGUCUAGGUUUAUCAGGGUUUGUGUUGGCUUCAGUGAAAGGCCUCUUAAUGGGAAACAGUUGUUUCUAUUGCCAUUAAGGGCCUCUUGUGUCACCCCCAUUGCAUACUUAAAAGUAUAACAUGGACAAUGGAUUAAAAUGGUGACUGGAGAAUGCAGCUACCUUAUUUGAGGAGGUGGUGAUGGAUAUGCCGUAAAGCACUCAGAAGACAACACAAUACGGAUAAGCUUAACAAUUCCUUGCAAGAACCCUUUUGCUUUCGUCUUCAGUGUUGUGAGCCUCUUUAAAACUGGACAUCUAUCCUAGAUAAGACUGCUUUUGUUGGAAUUUCUAAGAUAUGUUGUUCAAUAACUUGUGUCACAUUGUAAUGUGUACUGUGGUAUCAUAUGCAAUGAGGGUAAAGUAAAUGAGAGUUCAUAUAAAUAGCUCUAAGCAAAGAGAUCGUUUUCUGGCUGCCUUAUUUUAAUGAGUGGUCUGGAUCAUCACUUAUGUGGAAACCCCCCCCCCCCCCCAAUUCAGAUAUAUAGCUAGCUUUGAGUUAAGUUUGAUCAGAGAGGUUAUAUAAUGGCGCCCGAACAGGGACACAUUUGUGUAUGAGAGAUUGUUUGGACCACUGACUAAAGAUGGCAAGCCAAGAGAAUAGUGACGAGGAAGAGCAAGGUCCCAAACUUGACUUUACCUCUGAAGCUUUUCUGAGUAGACGAGAAUCUAUAAAAGAACUAAUUAAUACCUUUAGUGAGCUCUAUGUUGAAUCUGAAGAAGAAAAUGAGAGGAUUGAUGUUGAGCAAGGACCUGAGCAACAGGAUAGUACAACUUUGCCUCCUGUACUUGUUACAGAACAAGAAGAAGUCCAAAUACCUUUUUUUUUUUUACAAUAUUAGAACAGCUAAAUGACAGAGUUAACAAACUGGAGAGUCGUUUUGAGGAAUGGAUUCAGAAAGGCAAUGAAGGUGUUACCAUGGCUGAAUUGAAAACCCAGUGUAUGACUAUUGAAGAAAGGAUGAAUUAUCGGUCUGAAAGAGAAAGUGAAAGAAUUCAAAAGAAAACAGAGCUUGAACUGCAGGAUUUGGGCAAAACAAUUGCGGAUUGCUUAAAAAGGCGAGACGUCCAAACUGAGCAUAAAUUGAAAUCUCUUGCUUCUGUAAUGCCUACCCCCAUACAGCAUCAGCCAAAAUAUUCAACGCCUGCUCCAAGAUAUGUAGCUGAUAGGCAAGCAUACAGUGUUUCUAAUGAUCCUACGCAAUGCUUAGAAGGUAUGUCCAGCUUGCCUCUGCCUCCACCAGUGAAACUGGAGUUCCCAAGCUUUAGUAAUGGUGAAGAAGAAGAUCCUGUUAUUUUCUUAGAGAGGUGUGAAGAAUAUUUCGCUCUACGCCCUCUCUGUGAUUAUGAGAUUCUUGCUUCCCUUACCUCUGUGCUGAAAGGUACCGCUAAAGAAUGGUGGUUGGCUGAAAAGAAGAAUGUAAAAUCUUGGCAGCAGUUCAAAGAAGUCUUCUUGCAGUCUUUCCUAAGUGAGGACUACGAAGAAGAAGUGGCAAGAAAGUUAAUGGAAAGAAAGCAGGGUGCCAAAGAAAAUAUAAGAGAUUUUGCUUAUCAUUACAGAGUCUUAUGCCUUCGCAAAAACAAGGACAUGACUGAUAAAGAAAUUGUUCAUGCCAUACUACGGAACUGCAACCCGAGGCUGGCUAGUUUGCUGCGAGGUAAUGUAAAAGGAGUAAGUGAGCUAGUACGAAUUGGUACGCAAAUUGAAAGAGAUUUUGAAGAGUCUAAAAGAUACUGGAACCAAGUGAAUUCAGAGUCACAACAGCGGAAGACCACUAUUGCAAGAGAAGCAACAGCUAAGCCGUCACCAGCUAACACUCGGGUAAUGCAGCCUGUAAAGAACGUUGAUCAACCAGAAAUGGUUACUCUCCCUAUUAUUCUCCGCGGCAGAUUCUUUCAAGCAAUGGUUGACACAGGUAGCACCUUAUCUCUUAUUAAAGAAGCCUUCUGGAAACAGUUACGAGGGCAAGAACCUUGUAAAACCAGCAAUGGUCAGUCAUUUUUGUUAGCCAAUGGUCUUAGACAGGAGGCCAUUGGCAAGGUGGUAUGGGAGUGUGAAUUACAAGAAAAGAAAAUGGAUGUCACAUUGUAUAUAAUGCGUGAUACUAACUUGACUGUACCUCUUAUGCUUGGAAUGGAUUUUCUAUGGUCUUCUGGGAUUGUUCUUGACUUUAGAAGAUCCCAAUAUCGCUUAACAAGGUCAGAAGAGAGUGGUGAUGAAGAGGUAACUUUUCCUUUGAUGAUACCUGAAUCCUGUGCAAGCUUACACUUCUAUCUUGCUAUACCCUUGCCUAGGGUUUCAGAAGACACUCAACAAUCUAUACGUGAUUUGGUAAUAAAAACCAACACCAACCAACAGAAUAAGAGUUUGUUAGAGGAGUUGCUGCUUAACUGGCCUACAGUUUGCACAAAUGAAAUUGGUCGAACGAGUAUAGUUAAACAUCGCAUUAUUACCACAGACGAGGUCCCUAUGAGAAAAAGACCAUAUAGACUGUCAAGAGAAAAGCAACAAUUUGUCGACAAAGAAAUCCAAGAGUUAUUGGAUAAGAAAAUUAUAUGCCCUUCUAUUUCCCCAUGGGCUUCCCCUGUAGUGGUGGUACCAAAAAAGGAUGGAGGAUCAAGAUUAUGUAUUGACUGUCGAGGGCUGAACACAAAAACUCACCUAGAUGCCUACCCAAUGCCACAGAUACAAGACAUCUUGGAAUCUUUACAUGGUGCCUCAGUGUUUAGUACUCUUGACACUAAAGUACAAGAAAUGGAAAAGAAAGUCGAUGCACAGGUUAAGGGAGACAAUACACGGGUAAGAUACGUGUAUGAGAAUGGAUUGUUGUUCCGCAGUGUCCCCAGCAGUCUUCAAGGGGAGAAACUACAAUUAAUUAUUCCAACAUCUCUCCGCCAUGAAUUCUUACAAUACGCCCAUGACAAUCCUUUAAGUGGACAUCUUGGGAGAAUGAAGACACUUCUCAGGCUGUUACAAGUUGCAUAUUGGCCUAGUGUAAGAGCAGAUGUAUGGAAGUACUGUAAGAAUUGUCAAGUCUGUCAAAAGUACAAACCUAACCUGUCUAAACUUUCAGGACAUUUACAAUCUACACCAGUGGUGGAGCCAGGUUAUAUGCUGGGAGUAGACCUGAUGGGGCCUUUUCCAAAGAGUGGAAAGCAGAAUGAACAUCUGUUGGUGGUGGUAGACUACUGUUCAAAGUGAGUUGAGUUAUUUCCCUUACGUACAGCUAAAGCACCAUCAAUAGUUCGUAUCUUAGUUGAAGAAAUUUUUACUAGAUGGGGAACUCCGGCUUACCUUGUAUCCGACCGUGGAGCACAGUUUACAUCGCAACUAAUAAACCUAGUGUGCAAACAAUGGGGAGUGGUCCAAAAAUUAACAACUGCAUACCACCCACAAACCAACCUCACUGAAAGGAUUAAUCGUACCAUUAAAACCAUGAUCGCUUCUUAUGUGGAAGAGCACCACAGACAAUGGGACAGAUGGUUGGCGGAGUUCAGAUUUGCAAUUAACACGGCAUGGCAUGAAAGUACUGGGUUUACACCUGCCGAGGUGGCCCUAGGAAGGAAACUAAAGGGGCCUCUGGAAAGGGCCAUCCGUUAUCCACCUGACCCAAGCAGCUCUACCUAUGAAGUAUUAGAAAGACAGCAAAACUUGAUCCAAUUGGUAAGGGAGAAUGUAGGAAAAGCUCAGACUAAACAAAAACAUUAUUACAAUCAGAAAAGAAAAUCGACACACUUCCAAGUAGGUGAUGUAGUUUGGGUCCGUGCUCACCCAUCGCCCAAGUCAGAGGAAGGUUUUAUGGCAAAACUUUCUGCUAAAUGGAAAGGUCCAGCCAAAAUUGAGAAGUGUUUGGGCCCUGUAAAUUACGCAGUAUCAUUUCUUGAUGAUCCUGAAAAUAGGGACACUUAUCACGUACAGAAUUUGAAAAGCUACCAUGGGUAUGUCCCAACUUUUUCUGACGUGAGGGGUAUGUAACAGGUCUGGCCUGUUACUAGUUGUUCUAUUCCUUACCUAUAGGGGGCAACCUUGACGUUGAAUGUUUAUAAGGGGAUAGACUAGUAAAGGAAAUGAAAAUGGCUUCCACCCGAGUCUAGGUUUAUCAGGGUUUGUGUUGGCUUCAGUGAAAGGCCUUUUAAUGGGAAACAGUAUUAUUUGUUUAUUAUUUGUAAACAGUAUCUAUUGCCAUUGUGAGUAUAUUUACUGCAAUGUUUUGACUUUAUAUGAAUGACUGUUAUAUCUCUGGCAAUGUUUGUAGUAUACUCUUAAUGAAUGCAAACUUGUAAUUGAGUUAAUUUUGUAUUUAUAUUUCUCCCGCUCUCCCGCCACACAUCGUAUUUCCUUUCGACUAACUAUCAUAUAGUUAAUAAGCCGCAGCACACAAAAUGUAUCAGUCCACACCGCUGUCUCUAUGGAACCGUGCAGGAAUCAAGCACGUCUCAGUUCUUAGUGAGUCUGACACUUAUCA